UGGACGUGGCCCUCGCGAGAUAGCCGGGCGGCGCGGUGACGCCACUGCGUGCGUGCUCGAGGCGGAAGCGUUUCCGUGUUUACAGGAGGCCGAGCCUGGGGCAGGGGCGCCGGGACGGAGCCGCAGAGCCCAUGUGCCCGCAGCCCCCACCGCCUAUGGAGGUGAUGGAGGGGCCCCUCAACCUGGCUCAUCAGCAGAGUAGAAAAGCAGACCGGUUGUUGGCAGCAGGGAAAUACGAAGAAGCAAUUUCUUGUCACAAAAAAGCAGCUGCAUACCUUGCUGAAGCCAUGAAGCUGACACAAUCUGAGCAGGCUCAAUUAUCACUGGAAUUACAAAGGGAUAGUCACAUGAAACAGUUACUGCUCAUCCAGGAGAGGUGGAAAAGGGCAAAGAGAGAGGAAAGGCUAAAAGCCCAACAGAAUGCAGACAAGGAUAUAGCUGAACACCUUCAGACCUCUUAUAAACCAUCAGCUGAAGAAUCUGAAGACCAAAACAUAUUGGUUCCUGUUACUCAGAAAUACAGUCCUUCUGCAAAUAAGCAUCUACAGGAAACUCAGGGUGUCUUUGACAGGGAGCCAGAUACACUAUUAUUUCUGCUUCAGAAAAGAGAGGCGCAAAUGGAAGUGUGUAUUGGGAACAAAGCCCCAAAAGAUGACAAAACGAUAAUAGAGGAGCAGGCAACCAAAAUUGCAGAUUUAAAACGGCAUGUGGAAUUUCUUGUAGCUGAAAAUGAGAGAUUAAGGAGAGAAAAUAAACAGCUAAAAGCAGAAAGGAUUAAACUCCAAAAAGCUCCAGUAGAGAAGGAGUUGGAUGUAGAUGCUGAUUUUGUGGAGAAGUCAGAAUUAUGGGGUCUACAGCAGCAUUCAGAAACGGCUACUACUUCAGCCUCAACUUGGCAGAAGUUUGCAGCAAAUGCAGGGAAAGCUAAGGACAUUCCAAUACCCAAUCUUCCUCCCUUGGACAUUCCAUCACCUGAACUCCCUCUCCUGGAGCUCUCUGAAGAUAUACUGAAAGGACUUAUGAACAGCUAAAUGAAGACCAUAAGAAGUGCUCAUGAAAUGUAGUUAAGCAAAGUGAGAAAAGGGAAAACCACCAGGACAAUGAUGAUCCAAGGGCAGCCAACAUCUAACACAAUCCUACUGUGCAAGAAAAGGCAUUACAGCAACUGUCACUGUGAAAUACACUUAAUCAUAGAGCUUAAGGGUACCAUAAAUUGGUAAAUGCAAGCUCUUGCAUCUUUCUUCUGACGUUUCAAACCAAAUGACUGCUUGGAAAACAUUUCAAACACAAUCCUUCAGGGUUUUGAAGUAAUGCUACGUGUAAUAGGUAUCUAUAAUGCCAUAAACGAUGCAGAACUUAACUUAUGGUUGCCAGAUGGCUGCCACUUCAGCUUGAAAGAUGCUUUCUAUCAUUCAUUCAGAUUGUAAGCAUUUCAUUAUGCACAAUUUUGUUAAUGGAGAGGUGUAUAAGUUACACCAUAUCUAGAUGAAUUGAUGUGCCACACUCUUGUCUCCUGACAAUAUUAACCUCAGAUUAAUCAGGAGAAAUAUAUAAACUUUCUAUGAAGGAACCAAGUUAUUCGUUCUGUGGGGAAUUUUAGAUUUUGUUUACAUAACUAAUCAAGGUGCAAAUUUAACUCUGGGUUUCUAUAUAAAAAAAAUUACAUUGCUUAAAAAACCUGAGGAAAAAGUAUCGUGUUCUUCAGAGGUGCAUGAAUGGAAGUAAUGCUAGUGGGCAGUAUUUAAUUGCACAAAAAGGAAAUAUUUGUUUACAUCUGUAAAUCAGUCACCAAGCCUAUGAAAAUAAAAAACUCAGUCGUAUUCAACACCAUAAGAGUGGGUGAAAAUAGUCUUCACAAACAUUAAAGUGCCAGUCAAUUGAACGAUAAAGUUUUGUUAUGCUAAAAAUAGCUGGUGGUAAGGGAAAAUGGAACACAACUUCCAGCCUUUCACUUUCAGGUACAUACAGAGAACUUGGGAAGAGCCAAGGGGUCGUUAGGGUGUGUGAAAUGACAUUCUUGUCUGUACAAUUUUAAGAGGUGAUGCACCUACUGAGCAGAAACCAUAGGACACAGAUGCCAAAAUGGCUUAUUCAGUUCAAGACUCAAAGCACAAGUGCAAUGGUUUUCCGUACCUCCUCUACAGAAUGAGCUUGUUCCCACAACUUUAGUGCCAGCUUUCUGCUGAAGUGCAUAGAGAACACCACAGUCCCUCUUAUUCUCAGCUUCUGCGCAAAUUUUCUUCUUUCCCCAAUGCCUGGUCUGUUCUCUCCCUGAAUAGAAGGCAAGGGCUGGAGGAAAGAAAUGCAGAUUAAAAACACUGAACUUGCUCAAGGAACAGGUUUGAAUUUGCUCACAACUCAAGAAAUUUUGCUGUAUUCCUUAAACUGACAAUCAAAUUCUCUAGUUCACUGACUUCUGUAUGCAUAGAAAGGGGGAUGUUGGACUUCUUACUCAUAUAACUAGUUAAAAUUCAACAGUAGCAAUUGCUUACACGUAAACUGAAAAGCUAGCAUGCCUUCCAAAGAUGGCGAAAUCAAACUAAAGUUAUUUAAGGUCCUAAUUAAUUGCACUGUCUUUGAGCCCUCAAAGAAAUGAUACUAAAUAUUGUGGGAUCAUUUCAACCAUUUUUAUGUAGCUGCCACAGCUGCUGUCUGGCAUGCUCCUGGCACUGUACAGGAAACCAUUUUUGGACUGGCCAUCUCCACUGAAGCAUAAUUCAAGUCUUAGGCCUGAUCCAUUCUGCUUCAUGCCAAGCCACUUAUCCACUGAGGAUGAGUGCUCAAGCAGGCAAAACGGUGAUCCUGAAAGGAAACCUCUCACAUUGUUCUCCAGCCUAGGUCAGACUCCAGGACAACUUCCCCCACAAAUUGAACAAGGGCGGCUACAGUAGUACGAAGAUUAAUCUCUUCAGUUCCUCCUUAGUUACAAGCUACAGAUACCUUGCUUCCUUCCCAUCCUCCCCAAAGUAAGGUGAUCUACUGCUCUUAAUUUGACUGAAAUAAGCAUAGUCCAUUUAAAAAACCCACCACAAUAAGUGUCACAGCAGAUGCUUCAGAGGAAAGUGCCACAAUCACAAAUAGACAAUAGUGGAAUAAACUGCCCAUGACAGUCUUUUCCUCAUGCCUGUCAGAAGUUGGCUAUAAUACGCUGGGGGGUGUUAAAAAAUGUAUCCAUGUUGUGGAUGUAACAUUCUCCACAAACACCUAGUUCUUUUGUGAAUCCUGUUAAACACUAGUUCUCAUACAGCAAUGAGUUCUACAGGUUAGUUGUGUUAAGUAAAAUACAUCUGCUUUUAUCAGUUUUAAA